AUGCGUUGCGUCAGGCGCAGCCGUGGUAUCCCGGGCAGCGUGGGUGUCGGCGGCCUGGGCUGGGGGGACACAGGGGUUGAGGGGACUGGGAGCGGCAGUGGUAGUGUUGCAGUUGAGGGGAGUGGGAAGGAGAGGGGAAGAUGUCUAAAGGGACGUAUGGAGGUCUACCUUGUAACGAUUGUAAUAAUGGGUGGUUACAAAUGCUCAUACUGUAAAAACUUCUAUCUUAUGCGCGACAAAGGCCCGUCACAGCAGGAACGUCAUCCGUCAGAUUGUGGGCAACAAUGUAGUACGUGUAAGAAGCCCAAUUGCCAAUGUCCAUGUCGUCUAAAGAAACGCUCUGCCUCCGCUUCAUCGCAAUCCGACUCCAACCAUGUACAGUAUGUCAUCGCCGACGAGGGUUAUACCUCUGCGCAAACUUACACAAAGGACACCUCCACGUCCCUCAUUCCUAUCAUCAUCGUCCCCGUCGCCCUCAUCAUCCUCGUCAUCUGCGUCAUGAUCUACUUCCGCAUUUGGCCGUUCCACAGGGUGCGCUAUCUACUGCGCAGCUGA